GACGUGUUAUUAUCACCGCGAGAAACUUGUUUUUUUGAAUUGGUUAGCAGAAAUAAUUAUAACAUAAACUAAUUUUAUCUCAAAAUCGAUAACGCGUUUCAUCACGUUCGUCCACGUAUAAGUGCAUUGACAGGUAAAUUGAUUUCCAUGGAUUUAUCACGCAUUUUCGUUCAACUUCAUACGUGGUAACAUAUUUCGAAAUUGUGACUGUGUAAAAAAUGCUUCGGUUCAUAAUAUUAGCGGCGUUUCUGCAAUGUACAAUAUCUCAACAAUAUCAACAAAAAGUCGCUCCGGGAGUCCCCCCACAGAAUUAUCAGAAUUAUCAGCCACCACCGCCACCUCCGGCUCCUCAACAGCAACAAUUCCAACAGCCACCACAGCAACAACAAUUCCAGCAGCAACAACAAUUCCAGCAGCCGCAACAGUUUCAACAACAACAAUACCAACAACAGGUCCCUGUACAACAAGUACCCGUACAACAGGUUAAUGCACAGCCACCUCACGGACAUGGUCAUGGACAUGAUCCACAAGUUUUGAACGCAGCAAAUAUUGCCCAAGAAAGAGAUCAUAUUCAAGAACACAUGGAUGUACCAAUUGACACGUCGAAAAUGUCAGAUCAAGAAUUGCAGUUCCAUUAUUUCAAAAUGCAUGAUGCGGAUAAUAAUAACAAAUUGGAUGGAUGUGAAUUGAUCAAAUCAUUAAUACAUUGGCAUGAACAAGGGCAUAAACAACAACCUCAACAGAAUCAGCCGCCCGCUGGGGAGAAAAUAUUCAAAGAUGAUGAAUUAAUCAACUUAAUAGAUCCCAUAUUAAAUAUGGACGAUCAUAAUAGAGACGGUUAUAUAGACUAUCCAGAGUUUGUUCGCGCGCAACAGAAGAACCAGAAACAAGAGGGAUAGUUGCCAUAGAUUAUGCUAGGUGUCAAUAUUCCGCUGUCAUUUUGAUUAUCUUCACACAUUCCACUUGAAUUUGAAAUAUCAGAGUUAACGCUAUUCAAUGUAUAAUUUCGUAAUGUCAUUGUUUUAAAAUUACAAGUUUUAUAUUUUUAAAUUAUAGACUAAAAAUGUAUAUGAAUAAAGAUAGUCAAAAUGAUUACUCGAAUAAAUAUGGAAAUGUUAUGAAUGUGGUGGUGUAUAUAUCUAAGCACAAAUUGUAUUUUUGUUUAUUGAUGUUGCAUACAAACAUUGUCUAUGACAAUGCAUAAAGAAAUUUUACUUUUUAAAUUAUUCUCAAAGUUAUGUAUAUAUUUGAGAUUAAAGAUCUAUCGGUGCUCCUCUCGAAUUUAAACGAAUCUUUUUUUAAUACAUAACAAUUAUUACAUUACAAUCGGUAUUUAAUAAAAAAAAGUGGAGUCAAUUAGACUAUGGAACAUACUGUAUCAUUAUCUGUCUAAAUUAAGUUUUUUAUAACAAUUAUUUCAAUAAGCUAAUUUGCCAUGGAAAUACAAAUAAAAAAGUUGUGAGAAUGAAAAAGCAGUAUUGUUUUGUGAUGAUGAAAAAAAAACUCAAUAACUUACUUUAAUAAAAAAAAGGAAAAGAUUUUGAUUAUAAGCCAUGGGGCAACAAUUAUAUUUUUAAUAUUAUCCUGAAUUUACAUUUAGAAUUGGUAUUUUAUAUUCGUAGCCCCAUAUAUAAAAUCAUAAGUAAUUAUUAAUUUUAAAUCGUACAUUUUAUUAAUAGACCUUGUAAUAUUCUAAAGCGAUUAAUGUUCUUACGGUAUGUAUUUCUGGGAAUUUGUAUAUUUUGUCCAUUUGUGUUGGUUGUGCGUAAUGUUUUAUUAUUAAAUUUUUACAUUAU